UUGGUUUCCUCCCUUCGAGCCGACUUUGGUUUCCUCCCUUCGCGCCAGCUGAUUCAACACGGGUCGGUAUUUUGAGAUAGAGCGGGAUCUCUUACCCGACCGCCCGGUAGCGCGGAGAGAGAGCCCCGUUCAACAAAAAAGUAACGCAGGGAGAGAGAGAGAGAGAGAGAGAGAGAGAGAGAGCGGGAGAGAGGGAGGGAGAGAGCUAAACAUCGUCGAAUCAUGGGGCUGAUGGCGCUGAAUCGGCUCAUCUCCAGGCAGCGGGAGCAGAAGCAGAAGCGAAAUCGUGGCCGUAUCGAAGCCAAUAAUGGAUGGAUUGCUUCAUCAUUAGCUAAAAGAAACAGAUCACCCUGCCGACAGGAUAUUAAUUCUCAUGGUGGCAAAAAAGUAAGAUAUCCAGGGCCAGAUCUUCCAGAGGACAUCUGGCGUCAUAUACAUUUCCUACUGCCAAUGCAAGAUGCUGCCCGUGCUGCCCGUAUCUCUCAGUCCUUUCGAAGCUCCUGGAAAUGCUAUCCCAAUCUUACCUUCACUAAUGAAACAAUGUGCUCCAAAGAAGAUUUGUGUAAGAGAACACGGGCUCUAAUGUUAUAAGAGACUACAACAACAAAAUUGACCAUGUUUUAAGAAACCACUCAGGAGCUGGUGUGAAGAAAUUGAGGCUUGAAUACUAUGUUAUUCCUCAUGAUGCAGAACCGUAUCAUCAUCUCACCAGUUGGCUCCAGAUUGCGGUUACACCAGGGAUUGAACAACUCCACCUUACACUAUCCCCGAGGGAUGCAACUUUUAACUUUCCAUGCAUGCUUCUCUCUGAGAGAUGUCAUGGCUCUAUUCAGUAUCUUCACCUUGCCAAUUUGGACUUACAUCCCACAUUUCAACUUGGUUUGAGAACCUUGAAAACGCUGCAUCUGUAUAAUGUGCAUAUUACGGGGGGUGAGUUAGGGUGCCUUCUAUCCCAUUCCUUUGCUUUGGCACACUUGAGACUUCAAUAUUGUCAUGACAUCAUUCGCCUGGAGAUACCUUGUCUGCUGCAGCGGCUCAGGUUCCUGGAGGUUCUUGAAUGUAGCCUUGAGGUGUUAGAGAUCAAUGCUCCAAAUAUCUCCAGAUUCCGCUUAAUGGAUUUUAAUGUGCAACUCUCGUUUGGAAAGUCACGGAAGAUGAAGAACCUGAUGUUGAACAAUAGCUGUGGCAUCAGUUAUGCUAUUGACAACCUUCCUUCCUGUGCGCCAAAAGUUGAGACUCUUACCAUACAUUCUAGUUAUGAGAUAAUUAAUGCACCAGUGACAUCUAGCAAAUUUCGCCACCUCAAGAUCUUGAUUAUUUAUCUAUUGGGACUCCAUUCUCAUCGGGACUAUGAUUAUUUAUCCUUAGUUUCUCUUUUUGAUGCUUCUCCUUUGUUGGAGAGGUUUGUCUUGUUUGUAUCACCUGUGCAGUCCAAGUAUGACUGGUUUGAGGGAGAUCUCUCAUCUCUGAGACAAAUGUCAGAACACCGCCAUCACAACCUCAAAAAUGUGAAGAUCAGUGGUUUCUGCCCCCAAAAAAGCAUGGUUGAGCUAGCACGUCAUAUUCUUGAGAAUGCAACAUCACUUGAGUGCCUUACAUUGGACACCACUCCUAUUAGCUACCGGUGUUCUGGUGAUAUAUUGGCCAGGAAAUGCCCUCCACUGGAAACUGCAUAUAUAAGGGAUGCUUAUAAAUCAAUCUUGGCUGUUAGAACAUACAUUGAGGGGAAAGUUAACUCCACAGUCAAGUUAAACUUACUAGGGCCUUGCAGCCGGUGUUAUGCUUUGUGAAAUUCAGAUCUGAAUCACCUUGAAAAGUUUAGUUGUUAAAUGGUUGCCUUUUAGUUCUUUGUUUGGAUUCACCAGUCAUUUUUGUGGAGUUUAUGUAUUUUUACUUGCACCUGCCGUGAUGAAGAACUUCUGGCAAAUUUAUUCGUUUCAA